CAUGGCCUCUCCCAAGCAGAGCCGAGGGGUAGGACCACCAGACCCCACGGACAUUGCUGCCCUACAGCCGAGAAUGAUGCUCCAUGGUGAGAGGGAAGGGGCCAUGGCCACAGCCCUAGGUCCUGCUGCCCGUGUGGCUGCUGCUGCCAGCGGGCCGUGGUGCAAAGCCUUCCUGGUGCUAGCCAUCUGCCUGUCUGCCACCGCUCUCCCGUACAGCCUGGGGUCUCUGGCUGCUCUGCCCCAGGCCUCCCCGGGCUCCCUGGCUCCUUCCCACGCUUGGCCGGGCUCGCCAGCCUCCCAGGGAGGGACAAGUGACAAUCUGGUGGCAACACAUGGGGACCUGCCCAAUGAACCGGCGAUGCAGCAGCAUGGGAGGGUGCUGAUGGGCUCAGUGGGCAUGCCAGGCUGCUUCCCGGGGGCUGAAGGAGACAUGAUCCAUGGUACAGAUGCCGAGGGAUGGAGCCUGGGGACACCGACCACAGCCACUGCCUCUCCCUCGACAGCUCAGACCUCACCACAGCGGCAGACUGGAUCCAGGCACAGGGAAGGGCUCAGGCUGGGCACAGCAGUGGCUAUGACGCUGUCCUCUGCACCGUGGCUUGGCACAGGGGUGCCUGCUACCUCGACUCGGCUCCUCCAGACCAUGGGUGACCCCAGUCCUGGCUCCCGGCAUCACCUUGCUCUGGGAAGCCUCCGUGGCACAGGACUAGGCUCGCAUGAUGCAACGCGGGUGCCUGCAGUGACCUCAGCCCAUGGGCUUGGGCAGCCAGCGGGCACGGCAGAGCCCCAAAGCCCACGGGGGAGGUCUGAGGGCACCCCCUGUGCUCAGGGUGAGCCGGCUGCCUGGGUCCCUGCCGCCUCCCCGGCACGGCUGCAGCCUCCCUCCCUGUCCACCGCUGCCUCCAGCCCCUCCGCAGGGGCUGCAUUGCUGGAGGUGAUGCCCACCCAGCUGGCCUCACCCGAAGGGGCUGCUGGGGGGCUCACGUCCCAUCUGAUGCCCCAGCACCUGCGGGGUCAGCAUGGAUGCUGACGGGUACUCCCUCCCAGAGCCACAGCACAGCGGACCGGCCCAGAGGUGAGCAGACACUGGCCCUUGGGGCAUCCCCUGACCAUUGGAACAUGCCCCGCAGAGCAGAUCUCAGCCUGGCUGCAAGCUCUAAGCCUCCUGCUGUGGUCACAGCCAGCGAUUUGCCUUCUCGGGCCAGAGCUGUGACGGCAGCGCAGGCUUCCAGUGACAUGCCUGCGUCUGAUCAAUCUACAGCCAGUGGCUUCUCUGAUGUCCAGCAUGGAGCUUCGGUUGCCAGAGCCACAGCGAGGAGCUGCAAUGGGCAGAAGGAAGCGGUAAGACCAAGCCCUGGCCUGCCUGACCUUGGUAUGGGUGAGGACCACACCGCUGCUCCUCACCUGGUGCCCCUUCCAGGGGUGCCCUCAGCUCUGUCAACAGAAAGGACAUCCAGCUCGACUGAAACGCAUCCUGGCACUGUGCGGGUACCCUCUGCUCUGACACCCGAGAUGCUCUGGGACACACGGCCUGCUGGCACCUUCCCGCAUGGCGAAGCUGCUCUGCUGGUGGACACCGUCUUGGCCAAGGUCCCAGGGAAUAGGUCUGGACUUCUGACCACUGUCUUGGCAUCACUUCCCGGUGCUGAAUUGGCUCAUGAUGUCAACCACCCACAAGUGCUGGCUCCCUUCCUUCCUACAGCAGAGUCUGGGGGACCUGCUGUCACCUCAGGGAAACUAAGUGAUCUGUCCUCCUCUGCUGCACGGCAGACUCUGCUGACAUCCACUGAAGCCCACCCUUCCGCUGCUCGGACCAGGGCCCCCAGCGCUGCAGGUCCCCCUGUGACUGGGGUGAGCUCGGCAGCCCCUGAUGCCAUCCCAGAGCCUGGAGCAACCAAAGCCCCCUGCAAGGAUGGAGCUGCUACGGUGGCUUCCCCCUCUCCAGGAGCUGCAGGUGUGACCCAUGGCUCCCCCCUGGGCUCACCUACCCAGAGGCCAUCCCUGCAUCCAGCUCCCUUCCUCACGACAGCAUCUGAGGAUGGACCCACUGCAAUGCAACGCCAGGCCAUGAAGGUGGCGGAGAUGAGCGUGCUGCCUGGAUGGGUGGCUGUGGCAGAAGAAGCCGGGCACGGUGAGCCCAGGACAGUAUCGGCAGGACCCACUGCUGCUCCAGCAGGACGUCCAGGGCCCACCCAUGCCAGCCCAGGCUCUGCGCCUCCUCCCAGCUCCAAGAACCCUGCUCCGGAGCAUUGCUCUGAGGCUGUGCACCGCACUGGCCCCACAAGCUUGCCAUCUCCAUCCUACCUGCUGACUUCUACUGGAGCUGUGCAUGCAGCCAGCUCCCUGCCUGGCUUUCAAACCCUGGCUACACCAGCAGGAGUGACCUUUGAUGCUCAGUCCGUGUCCAGUCACUCUGUCACCUCCCAGCACCCCUCCACAGCCAGAGAGCAUCUCCCUGCAGCUGCAGAAGAGGCCUUCACCCCAGCUGAGCUGAUGACGAUGGGCAAACCUGGCUCCCCAGGGGUGAAGCCCCCUGCAUCCCACCCCCCCGGGCACCCCUCUCCUGCACAGCCUCUGCCCGUACACGUGCUGCCCUUGCAGUUCCGGCUGUUGGGCAUCACUUACACCGAGGCUCUGAGCAGCAGGGCUUCAGGGAGCUACAGGGAGCUGGAGGAAGAAGUGAGCCUGAUGCUAAACCAAAUGCUGUCCACCUAUGAGACCUUCCUGCAGGCAAAUGUCCUCGAGUUUAUGAAUGGCUCGGUGGUUGUGCGAGGGGAGGCUCUGUUCCGGGGGGAUGUUCCUGCUCCCACCAACUCCCACCUCAUCCGGACGUUCAUCACAGAGGCGAGCAGGGGAAGGAGCGUCUUCAGCUGGCAACUGGAGCCGCAAUCUGUCCAGUCCGGUGGCUUCAGCCUGGAGAACCUGGACCCGGAGAAGCUGUCCAUCUCUCUCACCGUCCUGCAUCUUGGGAGGAGCAGGACAGACGCCCUGGAGAGGCUGAUCAGCAAGGUGACUCGGUCUCUCAGUGCCCUCUACCAUGUGAGGAACUUCACUAUCGCCCGGCUCAGAAACCUCAGUGGGGACCUGGAGAUCACUGGAGACGUCUACCUCGACACGAUCGUCCAUCCUGAUGUCGCAGAGAUUCUGCAAGCCUUGACAGCUCUCGCAACCUGUUCUGUGGACCUGACGUCCCUCUUGGUGGAGGGAGCCAGGCUUCGCCUGCAGGUUUACCCGGUCUCCUUCCUCAUCACCAACAGACACUUCAGCGAGGACCUUCUGGAUCCACUCGCUAUAGAGCACCAGAAGCUCACCAGAGACCUGGGUGAUGCGGUGGCGAGAGCCCUGAGGGACAACAGGAGCUUCCUGCAAGUGGUGAUAAGAGGAUUCCUGCCUGGCUCCUUGAUCUGCCAUGGGGAUGUGGUCUUCCAGCACCCUGCUCCGACCAGCCUGGAAGUUUUGGAGGCACUUGCGCUCUCACUUGGGCCAAACAAGGCUUUGGCUGGUUCAGACUUCCAGGUGGACCCAUACUCUCUUGCUGUGGGAGAGGACACCCUGGAGCCCCCCCCACCCGAACCAGGCUCUCCCGAGUACGGCGUGGCCAUCGCGGUCGUGUGCGGCCUCUGCAUCAUUACUGCUCCCAUCGUCUUGCUGGUGUGUCUGAGGACCAAGAGGCUCGGCUGGCGGGAUGUGGCGGUCCUUUGGGACAGAAGAGACCCUGAAGUGGGGACCCAGACCCUGGAAAUGGAUAACCAAGGAUUCUGGGCAUCCUCUGGACAGGGCCCUGAGGAUGCUCAUACACACUGGCAAAAUGACUCUGCCUGACGAGAAGAUGCAGCUGAUGAGGAGGAGCCCGAAGAGGAGUUGUGGGGGGACAGAUGCUCACUGGGCUGCGGCUGCCAAACCCUCCCUGAGAAGGAUGUGGGCUCAGGUGUAAAUGGAAUAACUUUGUAUGUUGAACUUUAAUAAACUCUUUAUAGAAUGUCAA